UACUCGUACAUUCAUCUAUGGUGGUUCAGUUGAUUUGUUUUCGUUAUGGCGGGACGUCUUGGUUAAUGUUGGAAUAAUUAAGAAAUUGAAGGAAAAAUGGCUUCUGAAUGCGAAGAAGAUGGUCUAGUUUUUAAGAUGAAAUGGAAUGUAUCGGAGGAACUUGAAAAGAUAAUUAAAAUGGUUGAAAACUUGCAACAAUUUCCCGAUGAUAUUUGUACAUUGGAGAAGGCCUAUGAAGAUUUUUGGCAAAUUUUAACACAAUUUCAAGAACAACCUCAUUUGCUUGAUGGUCAUUUGGAAAUGGUGUUGACAAAACUAGUCAGUGUGGUGAUGAAUCCUAGAUCAAAUAAAAUUCGAAUUGAAGCAUUCAAGUACCUACAUACUGUGAUGAAAGUAAGGGGUUACAAACGCGUCGUUAGAUAUUUGUCACACGAGGUCACCUACUUGGAGCCAAUCAUGAAGAUCCUAGAGUCAGCUGAUGUGGAGUUGGAAUGUUGGCAAGCUUACUAUGUUCUGUUGGUGUGGCUGUCAAUUUUAGUUUUGACUCCAUUUCCAAUGUCUCAUUUUGACUCUCCCCCUUCAAAUGGCAAAGAAUCGAAAAAAAUGAUGCUCAGAAUUGAAUCUGUAAUCAAGAAGCAUUUAAUGUCAGCAGAUAAGUUUACUGUCUCGGCGAGUCUGGCUGCCAAUUUCUUCACACGUAUUGAUGUUAAGGAGAAGAUGCUUGCACCAUUUAUAGAUUGGCUAGUCUCAGUAAUUUCUGACAAAGAGAAAGAGACAAUUUUUAAAGUCACAGCAAUGGCGGGAGCUGCAGCCAUUUUGAAACGUGGCGAACGGGAAGACCUUAUUAAGCAUGCAAAUAAAUUGCUGAUGGUCCUGAUUGAUGAAAAAAGCACGUCAGAUGUUCAAAGUGUUCUUUAUCGCAAGUACAGGUCUAAACUAAUUCAGCGAAUAGGCUUGACGUUUCUGAAAAAAUGGCAAAUCAAGUGGCGGUACAACAAAGGCUGUACCUCGCUCAUGCAGAACCUUGCACUCACGAAUGUGAAGCCUGUCCUGGCUGGUUCUGGUGAUGGAUCCAAGGCCACUGAGGCCACAGAUGGCAUGUCUUUGUGCGGUGAUGAUGACCCUCCUGAUGAAGAACAGUUUGAUGAUGAUGUCCUGGAGCAUUUAAGUGAAGUGAUUGAUAAUUUGAUUGGCGCUCUCGAGGAUUCGGACACUGUUGUAAGGUGGUCAGCUGCUAAAGGAAUUGGUCGCAUAACGGAAAGGUUGACACAUCAGAUGGGUGAUAUGGUCCUUACUUCUAUUCUGGACAUAUUUUCAGACAGGAAAAAUCAUCAUUCGUGGCAUGGUGCUUGUUUGGCCCUAGCCCAAAUGGCUUCAAGAGGUUUGCUACCAAAAUCCAGAUUGAUGGAGGUUGUGCAUAAAGUCAUUUUGGCAUUGACCUACGAUGAACCUAGAAGAUUCUCUUCUGUUGGUGAAAAUGUUCGAGAUGCAGCAUGCUAUGUAUUUUGGGCAUUUGCAAGAGCUUUUAAUGAAGAUGACCUUAAUCCUCUCUCUAACGAGAUCAUGACAAAUCUUCUUAUUGUAGCACUUUUUGAUAGAGAGGUUCAUUGUCGCCGCGCAGCCUCUGCUGCUUUUCAAGAGUAUGUCGGCCGGUGUUCGUCAGAUCCAGAUGCUAUAAGUAUCAUGAGAGAAGCUGACUACAUGUCUGUAGGUGGCAUAAGCUUUGCCUACCUACAUGUCAGUGUUGAAAUUGCAAAGAUAGGAGGCUUUACAAAAGCAAUGAUUGAACAUCUAUUAGACAACAAGGUGCGACAUUGGGAUGAAGCAAUACGAAAUUAUGCAGUAAAAGCAUUGAACCUUUUGACACCCUUUGAGCCAUCGUUCGUAGCUUCGUUUCUUCCUAAACUUGUUGAAAGUGCCUACAGUGAAUUUUUAACUGAACGAUUGGGUGCUUCACCAGCAAUUGGUGAAAUAAUUCAUGGCCUUUAUGUCACAGGAAACCUACAUGAUUACAUUGAUGACAUGACUUUGAAUAAUGUGAUGGACAUUAUACCCAGAUAUCGUCGUGAGAAUUAUUUUCGUGGACUCGGGGGUGAAAUGAUAAGAGGAUCCUGUAUCAGAUAUAUCUGGAAGUGUUCAGAGGCUAGACUUCGAGUAGAUGAUGUUGCAGAGGAUUGGUUGUUUGUAAUUCAAGACUGCAUUUACACUGUGGACCCCACUAACAGAGGAGUUGCAGUAGAGGCACUGAAUGCUUUUCUAAUCAACUACUCUCCCGAAACCAUCACAAACAAGAUUGUGACAGAAUACAUUUCUGUUUUGAGUGCUGUAGAAAAUGGAAACUUUCUUCGUUCUUGUGGUGCCGCAGUACUUAGCAAGAUUCCAAAAAACAUUUUUGAAAAAUACUUGCACAUCAUCAUUCCGGCUCUUAUCAAGUGUACUGAAAUCAGCGCGGAAACAGUUGACUUUGCAGAAGCCAGACAAAUAGCCAUAAAAGGACUCCUGUAUAUUUCAACCAGUGCUGAUGUGAACAAACUGUUGAAAGAUACCGUCACUGAAAUAUUUCGGUGUUUUCUAACGGCGCUAGAAGAUUAUACACGGAAUAAGAAAGGCGAUGUUGGUUUCAUAGUUCGCCAUGAAGCUGCAGUGUCUUUAUUUGCUCUUACAGAACAUAUUCUUACAAACAUGCCUGACAUGCUGGAAGAAAGCGUUGUUAAAAUAAUGGUGCCGAAGCUAAUGCAGUUGUCUCUAGAGCCUCUGGAUUUUAUUCGCUGUAGUGUUGGAGAAAUAUUUGGGAAAAUUAUCCAUAGGGAGCCUGAAGUUCCCUAUAUACCAGAAAUUGGUGCUUUAAAGAAGAUUUUCCGACGUGAUUUGUGCACCAAUAGGCUUUGGUGGAGAGAUAAAAUUGAAUCAUACCCAUGUUUCAUCAAAGUAUUACUACUAAUGGAACCACAAUAUUCGCACCAUAUUCUUGUGGGUUUUAUGAUGACCAUAGGUGGAGUUUCAGAAAGUUCGUCUUUAAACGUGAGUGCGAUCUUCUUUGAAACAUUGGAAGAGAUCCCAGAGGACAAGGCCGCUGGAGUGGCUGAAGCUAUGUUGAAAGUAUUUGCAGUUUCUACCAGUAUCGAGCACUUGACGACUCCAGCUCUGAAUUUCUUUAAAUCACUUCUUGUCUCUGGGGCAAUGAACAGUGUCUUGCUCGACCCACAAAUGAAUUUUGCUUCAGAAAUUUUAUUUGUCGUGAAAAAGAAAGUGAGAAAUUGCAAAGAAUUUACGAAAGCCAAGGCCAUUGUUUCAAUUUUGAGUGAACUAUUUUUGGUAACUGGCAAAGUUGGCCUUGAAGCAUUUCAGAUAUUGGUGAGGUAUCUGAAACACAAUUCCGUGGCAGUCCGUUCGUUCACCGCAGCUCGAAUGUUUGAGACUGUCUCUCUGCUUGACGACAACGCCUUUCCUGGUUGUAACAUAAAUGUUGUGAUGAAACUUUUGGCUGAAACCCAGUGGAAAAACUCUGUAACUGAGUCUUCUGAGGCAGUCGCCAAGAUCUCUGAAGAGUUGACUAAAGCCACAAACAUGUAAAUGCACAACAUUAUGUGAAUAUCUAAAUUCAUGGCCAAAAACAUAUAUUUGUACACAGCAUCAUUAGCUGCAGUAUUUUUUUUUAUUACUACUAAACAGAUGCUUUAUUAAGAUUGUCCUUUUGUUAUUAAAUAUGUUGUCAGUCAGAUUUGUCAAUAAGUAAUGUAAUAUUUGUGCAAGUCAAGUUUGUAUGUGUGUUGAUGUUGGUUAUGUUGUUGAAAUUCUUGGAAAACGGAUAUUAUUAAUGUAUAUACGUCCAUUUUUCAUCUUCCAAGAUGGUUUCUUGUGUUUUAUUUCUAAGCUGUAACUAAUAAGACUGUUUUUAAGUCAGUAUAUUUAAAAUUAAUGUUCAAUUGUUUGGACAUAAUGAUUUUCUGCUAUUUUGAAAAUAAAAAAAGAGUUAUUGCAUUAUUAAUAUUAUCUUUUCUUUGUAUGUAAUAUUAUUAGUUCUUGGGGAAUUUAUUCUUGUAAGGCUGUAACUAGCUUAUGUCUGAAAUUUGUAAGCUUUUUGUUAUGUGCAAGCAUGCUGAUUUUUACAUCCGUAGAGAAUAUAGUUUUGUACUAAACAGUUUUACAGGUAUUCGCCUAAAAAUUUAAAUUCAGUUUUCAGAAAAUUUUCACCAGUAGGAAUAAUUUUGUAUAUUUACCACUAAAGUUCAAAUUAUGGCUUUAGAGCUGUGCUGAUGGACAGUUUUCUGCCAAUAUACUGAUAUUCAUUUUGCAGACUUACAAGUUUUGCUAACAUUUCAAUGAAAAGUACAUCCAAAAUUUUUCUGGCAAAAGGUGGCUUUCUAAAGCUAUAAAAACUGCUAACUGUAUUGGAAAGUUUCCUGCACAAGUAUUUAGUAGCAAGUUUCUUAAUUUAAUAAUAUUGAUAAUAAUAAUGAUAAAUGAUCCUUGUGUUCCAUCACAUAUUAUUGCACAGAAUUAAUAUUUAUACUGUAAACAUAUAUAGCUAUAAAGCACUGACUAAAAUCAUGUAAAAAAAUAGCUCAGUCCAAAACAACAAGGCAGUUGAAGCAGCUACUUUCUUGUUAUUUGUAGCAAUGCAGAACACAUGCAUUUUGGCAGGGCCGGAACUAGGAGAUUCGUUAGGGGGGGCAAAGCUUAAUUUGCCGCCCCCUCCUUACCAACAUUAUAAAAUACCCUUUUUCGUUAGAAGCGGUGGUUGAAAUGAUACCAUUCACUUAUACAUAAUUGAGAACUUUUAUUUAUCAAGUACACUAAUUGGAAAACUAAUACAAUUACAUUUUUAUUAUAAUAAAAUAGACUGUUAUCAAACUAUUGUUUAUUGUUUGCACAACAGUGAAAAUUAAUUUCUUACCAAUAAGUUUAUUAAGUACUAAAAUUACAUAAGGUACAUGUUAUUCUGAAUUAAGUAUAAUAUUGUAUUGAUAACCAUACAAAGAAAUUCAAUUCAAAAUUUAAUUUUUCGAGCAUGAUUAGCUGCAAAAGUGUUAAUAAUAUCAUCGAAAUUUAUCAAAGCAGCUCGUUUGUGUUCAAUAGAUAUAAUACUUAGAUUUGUUAAUCUCUGCUGGCCCAUCGUGCUUCUCAAAUAGCUUUUAAUAAGUUUAAGUUUACUAAAACUUCUUUCACCUGACGCAAUUGUAACUGGAAGGGUGAGAAACAUUUUCAGAGCACUACUAAUGUUAGAAUGUGCCUCUUCCAGUUUAUUUUUGUAGAUAAGGCUCAACAUUGUUGAUGCUGUAGCAUAUUUUAAUUCAUAGUCUACUGUUAAUGCAUGGUGCUUAAAACUUUCAAUUUCAAAUACAAAUUCUUCUUUGUUAAGAUCGGCACUGUGUUUCCUAAUUCUGCUGCUUUGACUUUUAAAUCUUCUACUUCCAUUUUAUGAAUUUGAACACCACUUGCCAAAGCCUUAAACCAGUUACUCAGUUUCAUAAUUAAUCUGUCAAUGACUUCCAAUAUUACUUGAUGUCAGUUUUUUUGGACAUACGCCAUUUCUAAGCACUUUUUCUGUAGAAGAAAACUAAAAAAAUAAAAUAAAUAAAUAAGUAAAAAUAACCAAAAGACAAAAAGCAAAAAUUAAGCAAAAAAUUGCUGUUGUCAACAGGAUAUAAACACCACAAAAUAUUCCGUAACAGGAAUAUGGUCAACAAACAAAGAAAAACAAAGAAAAAUGUACUAAGAGAACGAAAAAACCCCACAAAUGAUGACGACACAAAAAUAUUGAACGCAAAAAAUUUCAGCACAAUGGUUGAAACGAGACAAAAACACGACAAAACGAAAAGACGAAACAAACACAAUAGUUUUCCAAAACAGAAUAGAACGAUAAAAACCCCACAAAUGAUGACAGCACAAAAAUAUUGAACCCAAAAAAAUUCAGCACAACAGUUGAAACGAGACAAUAACACUACAAAACGAAAAGACGAAACAAACACAAUAGUAGUUUUUCUAAAACAGAAACAAGCGACGUUUCGGGAAAUGCUAUCUGCUCCCGUCCUCAGGCAGAGACGCACAUGGUACGAAAACACAGGAGCGACUGAGUAGGGGCUGGAAAAAUGAGGGUAUUUAUCAGAGAAAGGGCUACAUCUUGCUCAGCCAAGUGAUCACUCGCGCAACGGGUCCUUGAGAUGCCAGCUCUCAUCGCAGUGGUUUUACUCACUCCAGACCACGAAUUAUGGUAAUACUUGUUUCUUAGAGUGAAGUAACGCAUUUGAAGUACGAAUAUAUUUACUAAUUAUGCAUAAUCAAGUUAAAUAGAAUUUCUUAAUUUCUUGGCUAACUUAUUGGUUGCGAUAUGUACACUUUCAAAACUUUUUUAAUGACUAGUUUCAUUUUGUUUUAGUGAACCACUUUUCAUAUUUUGCCGCCCCCUAAUAUGUGCCGCCCGGGGCACAUGCCCUUCAUGCCCCCCCUUAGUUCCGGCCCUGCAUUUUGGAAAGAGGAAGGCCACCUGCCUGCACGAAAGGAGGCGGUCCUUUCCCUGUCCUUGAAGUCUAGGACAAGGCUACAAACUUUGGAAAAAUAGAGAGGCUGAUUCAUGUAAACAUGUCCCCUCCUAACUCCCUGCAAGCCAGCACUCCAUUUGUGCAUGUACACAUGUGUGUGUGCAUGUUUUUAAGGUGCUAAAGCCAGAUGCAGAAACAGCUAAAAAAACUUAAACCAAACUUCUCACUGUUUACAGAAAAAAAUCAAAGUUGCAAGAAAAUUCCAAAGUCCCAUUUAAGUUCUUGAAUAGAAAAUUGUUUGACCAGAAGUCAUAUACAUCAAUCGGAAUGCAAAUAUUCCAAUUUGAAUUUAUGUCAUAUUGAAAAAAUGAUUAUUUUUCUUUUGGACAAUUAAAAAAAAAAUUUAAGUAGGUAUUGCCAUUUUUAUUACUAGUAGUAGGUGGUUUUAUUAGCUUAAAAAAAAGUUACAAAAGUUUAUUUGUUGCUAAGUUGCAGUACUUUGUUUAUAAGCAUUUGGGCUGAAAUGUUUUUGUUUUUAAUGUUUUAAUAAUUAAUAUCUUUGCAAUAUAAAUUAAACAGAUUUGCAUUUUGACUUCGAGAUAGACAAGUAAUAGUACAUUUAGGCUUAUUGACAGUGCUAGCAUUAUAGAUAGUGCACUCUCGUCGGCAGAGGAAAUGGAUAGCAUCGCAGAACUCACUGAGCCUGAGUAAAAAUUCUAAGUCAGCAAAGUCAAUGUUUCCUGUUAUUCUGUAGAGUCUGAGACUGACAUGCAGUCUGAGAUUGGCACACUGUCAGCUCCUUGGGUCGGACAUAUUUCCCCUCCAAUGUGUCGUUUGUCAGGCUUGGAGGUAUUUGGCACAUAGUAUACUUGUUGUUCAAUUUAAAAAGUUGUGCGUUUUAAUUAGUUGGAUGGGAAAUUCGAGUGAUUUAAAUCAUGGUAUUGCUGAGCAAUGCAAAACUUUGUCAGUGUGUAAAUUUUUAUGUACAUAUCUUUUUUUAUAAAGACAUAUUAGUGAAGUGUUUGUUGAAUCGCUUCAGUUAUGGUAAGUGUGAACACCUAAACCACUGAAAGCAUAAGCACUCCCUUUACAGUAGUUAAUAGGUAGUUAACAAGUUCAUUUAGAUAAGCUUUAAUGUUCUUUAAACAAUAAUAGCUGCUGAGUAAAAAAAAUAUUAAUUUUAGAGAGAAUUUAACUCUCUACUUGAUGGAAAUAAGCUGAAUAAAUAUGUAAGUAUUAAGAAUAAGACUUCCAUGAAGCAAUAUAAUUUUAGUCUUCUUACUUUAAGUAAAUAGAGAUGACCUAGAAAAAAUUAAAUCCUAAAUAAUUGCCUAAUCAACUGGCUUCAACAAUGGAAAUAUGUUUUUUAAAACAUUUUUUUGUGGAUUGUAUUCUUUGAAGUCUCAAAUUAAAAUUGGAUUAAAGUUUUUGUUAAUAUUGUAAUAAAUUUUUUAUUAUUAUUGACAUUGAGAAUUACGAUGGCAUGCAGUCUCAGCGCCAGUACCGUUGACCCUAUUUUCAACAUUAAAAUACAGCUAUAAAUAAUUGAGCUAUAGCUGCAGGAGUCGGGACUCUAUUUUAGGGAAUUUCCUUAAUUUAAGAGUAAUUGUUAUAUUUUAGGUAUCUAUUAUUUUUUUUAAGUAAAAAAAAGAAGACUUUUUUACUUUAAAUUUGUAGUAAAUAACUAAUGACCCAAUUUUUGGUUUCACACAUACUAAUUGCAAAAUCAGAAUGUAUUUCCUAGAAGGUAGAAAACUUUCGCAAAUAUUCUUCCCCCCUGAGCGAAAGUCUAUUUCCAUGCCUGGCUGAAGCCGUUUGAGGAAGGAGAGAAUGAGCAAGUAGGGCAGGAUUGCUAAAGCAGCAAUUUUUGUUCAUAUUUCCUGUGUUUGGGUGUUUCACCUUGGUGCCUUGCAGCUAACAUCUACAUCUGUAACCCAUCUUGUUAUUUUUGUAUUUGCUCUUUCCUCACUGCUUAGUUUUUUUGGUGGCGUAUUAAAGCUUGUCUAUGACUAAUAAAUCUUCAUUAUCAAAAGCUGCUUGAAUCUAGAUAGUGAUGUGCUGUUUAUAGUCAUGUAUAUUGGAGGUUUAGUGGCCUGCUGCACUAGUGCAUGGUGUUUUGUGAAUUGUUUGCAGGAAAUUUGGUGAAUAUUGUUGAAUAAAUAUUAACAUUUAUUGAGACUGUCAUUUUAAAGAAAUUUGUAAGUGGUUAAAAAGCCAAACACUUUGAAUUCAUAUUUAUUAGACAAUAUUUUUUUCAAUAUAUGAACAUAUUUAAAAAAAAUUGAAAAUUCACAAAAGAGAAUUUUUCGGGUCUCUGUAAUUAUCAUGCAGUAAAACAAACCAUUCUUAUCCUCUUUUUCCAAGUCAAAUGUUCUCAUAAUAGAGGAGGGUGAACAUGUUUCAUGUUAAGUCAAAAGGGGGUGGAGAUGUUUGGUUUUAACCGUGGGGAGUGAAAAUGGUACAAUUUGAAAAAAAAAAAAAAAAAAAAAGAGAUUAGUAUUGUGUACGCAGACACACAGCAAUGCCUACCACCACCACUUUGAUGCUUAGCAGCUAAAAGUUGAAUACGUAAUAGGAUCCAUACAAAUAAAUAUGGCACUUAGGUUCCCAUAAAUAUUGUUAAAAACUAAGUGAAGUGAGCCGUUGUGUACUAUUAUUUGCAGUAGCCAUUUUUGUUUAUUUAGGAUAUAUUGCAAAAAAUGUAUGGUUUUCUAUUGGCAGAAGUACAGAUACUACUAAAUAUAGGCAAAAUGAGCUUCUAUUCUGCUAAUGAUCCAGCACAGCUCUAAUUGUCUUAUUACUAAGCUUUAUUUGCUUGAUCUUCAGUAAUGCAACCAAGUUUUUGGAAGGUUCGGAACUUCAAUAAUAAUUGACAGCAUUGAGUUUUGACCAGCUUUAAGUUGUCUGCAGCAUAAAUUUUUUUUUGUCACUUUGUUUUAGCUCCACUAGUGUAAAUUGUAAAGUGCAGCCAUAUGUGUUACAUUUUUGUAAGUACAAUAAGUUUUGUGUAGGAUAAGGAUGUUUAGUUGAAAACUGUUUAUUAGUAGUAUUUAUUGUUUUAUUUGAAGUGUACAUAUGUACAAAAUAUCAAGUUCUAAACAGUAAUUUCUAAGAAGGUAUCCAUCUGUAUUUUGCAAAGAGAAGCUAGUUGGUACAAAAACAGGUUUCUUAAGUAAUCAGUUUUGUGUCAACUUUUGCCAUUUGACUAUUUGAACUUCACGAGUAUGUCAUUGUGGUUGCGAGAUUGGUAAGAUCAUUUCACCAAUAACUUUCCCAAUUUUGUCUUAACUUAAAGUAGUUCAUUUUUUAAACCAUCUAAUGCUAUCCAGGUUAAGUAUGGCCAUCUGUUUCAGCAGGACCAAGUCAGUCUAUCUAGUUUCAACCUGGUGUUCCAGUGGGAAAUUCAACAGUUUUAAGAAUAUGUUUGAGCACUUUGUUUGUUUGUCUCUUUCCAGCUCCAUUUGGGUGUUUCCUAUGAGGGUAACAUUGCAACAGCUCAGUGCAGUUAUUUAAGUUACAGGUUGACUGAAGUUUUGAGUUUUUUGAUGUUUCACAAUGUUAACAAUUACAUCAAAAUAAAAAUAUUGAUAAAUUUAAUAGGACAAAUUGUUGUUAGAAAAAACAUGAUAAUUUAACUUAGAAAGAUACUGUAUAAAUGUGUAUUAAAAGGCCUUGAAGAUUGUCUUAAUUUGCAGAUAUUCAUGUUCCGAUGGUUACUUAAUUGCAAAUAAUAAUUUUUCAGGAUUUGCCAAACUUCAUUCUGUGAGAAAAAUGUCCCACAUUAAAAUGUGUGUUAUGAUUGUUUCUGUUACAAAUGCUUUCAAGCACCACCAAUGCAUCCAUACUCAUAUAAUUACAGUCAAAUACAGAGUAUUGGUUAUUUAACAUUCCAGCUUUUGUCUUGUUUCUUUGCAACUUUGUCUGUUUUAGUUUAUAGCUGUGAAUUAUUAAUUGGCGUUCUCAUGAAGAUAUUGUAUUGUUCUUGCCACGUUAACAAAGUUAUCUACAUGUGAUUUUUGUGGGUUUUAAACAACUAAACAAUUUACAAGUUAAAGAUAUUUUAUGUGGUGUGUUGAUUUUAUGCUCUUGGUUAGAUCUUAAGUUUACAUAGUGAUGUUUUUCAUCUUAAAUAAUUAGUAGUGCAGCAGCUGUAUCAAUAGUUUAUGGCCAUUGUAUUUCACCAUUGUUAUUUUUACUCCAGUUUCUGUUGCAAAAUAUGUAGAUUGUUUCAAUAAAUUUUGUUUCUUUAUAUAUUGCUUAUGCAUAAAUUUCAUGGCCUAAGUAUAGUCAAAAUAAUUUUUACUAACAUGCAGUUUCAUUCCAUUAUGCUGUAUAAAUUUCUAAAGAAUGUGAAUUUGUACAGUUUUAAUUAAAAAAUAAAAUUUUCUAAUGAAACUUUAA